AUGAAUGUGUCUGUCCCUCUUCCUCAUUCCAAAUAUCAAGCAUUAUCAUUAUCACCUGUAACUAUUGAUGAUGCUUCUGAAAUGGUUGUUCUUCUCAAUGAUGAAGAGACUGUCAAAUAUCUUAUUGGUCCUCCAUAUCCAGUAUCGAUCGAACAAAUCAAAGAUUACAUAUCUUCUCGUCCUUCAAUUAAUGGUUAUUGUCUAGCAUGGGCGAUUCGUCAUAAUGGAAGACUAAUUGGUGAGGUAGGCCUAGAGUUUAAACAAGCUCCUCAAACGUACGAAUUGGGAUAUUAUUUAUCUCGGCAUUAUUGGAACAAUGGUAUUACCAGUUUGGCGACCAAGACUUAUUUGAACGUGAUGAUGAAGCGAAUUACUAUCGGAGAGGAUAUCACAAUUAUAGCAGGAUAUAUUAUUGACAACUUUGCGAGUGGAAAGAUUUUGAAAAAAUGUGAAUUUAUAGAAGUGGGACAUGAAGAGAAGAUGAAGAAUGGACAUAAAUUACAAGGUGUCAAAAUGAUGCGUAUCAUCACAGAAAAAGAGCAAAUGGUUGAUCUUGACAGUUCAAGCUAUUAG